CCACUAUAGAGUUAGCACUGUAUCUUCUCUCGAUUGAAGUUCGAUGAUAAUUAGUCGGUUGUGUUAUGUCAAUGACAAGGAAAGAGAUUAGGUGCUAACCAUGUUUCUUACUGUCCCAUGAAAAUCUAAUAUAACGGUUAAAAUUAAUAAAAGGCUAAGCACCCACAUUUUGGAAAAGUAUUGCUGCAUGCUCGGCUUCACUUUCCCCUCACACACACUCUCUCUAAAAAAACACCCAUCCCUCCAUUCUCUUUCAACAACGGCGAUGUGUCUGUCGACGUCGGCCACAACAAAAGGGACUUGGCGAAGGAAGGUGGGAGGUCGUGCUUUUGACGUCGACGAGAAACAAGAGGAUGGUUGCGAUGCGACUACGGCGCGACGGAUUUGCAGUCGCACUUCUGACAUCGAUCGGCGAGAAGCAGGCGCUGGCCAGGUCAGAUCUGUUCACGUCGAUGCCAGGAACUGAGAAACCAAUUGAAAGAUCGUCUGAAUGGUUGUGGAAGUUAUUUGCGCAGUAGUGUUUCUUGAAAUUGACAGCUAGAUUAUUCAUGUCUUUUCUUGAUGUUCAGUUUUUUUCCAUAUAUGUUAAUACGUAGUGAUUGUGUAGUGGCCGGUGUUUCUUACAUGUAUUAGCAGUGAGUUUUGUUAUAAUGAGAAUUGAUAUUUGGUAAUAUUAGUAGUGUUUUGUGUAGUUAUUCUAGAAAUUUGUUUUCUAGAAAUUGUCAAUGUAUACUAAUUUAAAUUUGCUACAAUGAUAAAACUUCAACUAAUAAUAAUAAAAUCACUAAUGAAAAUCAUAAAAUCACUACUAUAAACCACCGAAUCACUACUUUUUUUAUAGAGAAUCACUACUAGUUUCAGUAAGGGCUAAUACCAAUAUACCACUAGACAGACGUUACAAAAAUGUUGACUUUUGCUGAUGUGACAAUAAAGAUCUCCGCCAUGUAAAUGCCACAUCAUUAAUAUUAUUUUUUCCUUCAAAAUCUAAUUAAUUUAAAUACUAACAAAAUUACAAAAAAGGUUGAAAGAAGUGUUUUCCCCCCUCUGUUAAUGAAGUUGAAGUUACCAAACUUUGAGGGGUCGGUAUCAAUUUAUGCCGAAUUGCUCCACAUAUAGUUCCUCUAACCACAUUUUCUAAACGAACCAUAACUCUUCUUCAACCUUCCGAACUAGUCUGCCCCCAAUCCUCCCUCUUCGUCGAGUAACCAUCAACGAAGCCCUCCUUCCCCUGCCUCCUUCUCCUCAUUAUAGCUCUACGACGAGCAUCAUUGACCCCCCACUGCGAAGGCGUCACUGACGGACUUGACCUCAUCAGUGACGGUGGUGGAGAUGAGGUCAAGUUCAAGCCGGCCUCGUGGCUCGCAAAAUAGGGGCUCUAGGAACGACGCCUAAGUCGCCUAUCCCCUGAAUCAACAAAGAUUCUUGGGUCUGGAAUCGCAAACCCAAAUCUCAACUCAAUUAAUGGGGCGAAUCAGAAUUUCUAGAAGGAGAUAACUGUUUUCCAGUGUGCCGAUUAGACUUCCUUUCAGUUUGAUUUCACGACGAAGUCGUUUUGUCUUAGGGGCCGCCGGGAAAAGAUGAAAAUUAAGCUUGCUUACCAGUGCUUACUUCAUCGUCUUCCUCCCAUUCCAUGGAAACAGAGUUAUGCCACUUCCCUGUUUUGCAGCUUCCUAUUUUCCCGACUUUCGAGCUCCACGACAAUCCGGUUUGACCUGGGUGGGGAUGGGAAAAACGAAGUUGAGAUAAAUGACAUCUCAAUGUCCUUCGAUUUUCCCCCGGAGAUGCAGACCUACAUAUCAGAGUUUUUAUUUUUAAUUUUUUCUUUUAAUUUCCUUUUUUUUAGUUUAUUUAUUUUUUAUGGAAAAAUAAAUAAUAUAAAUUCUACGUCAGAUGCCACAUCAGUGCUGACUAGACUUUCUGUUAAAAACUAAUGGUCAACGCCGGUCAAUUCUAACGGAAAAAUAGUUCAGGACAUAAUUGUCAUAUUGAAUAGUUUGUGACACAAAUGACACAUUCUUGAUAGUUCGGAUUUCCUAGUGGUAUUAACCCUUUAAGUAACAAGGGUUGUAUAUAAUUUACGUGAGAGAGGGAUUUUAAAUGUUAAUUAGUUAAUUUCAAUACCAAAUAUGCCCUUCACUAUUUUACACCCUUAGAUUCAACUUAAAACCAAUGAACGGUGAUCGGAGUAGUUAAUAAUGUGCUAACUCAUAUAAGAUUAAUUAGGACCCUAGCCGUUCCCUGUAAACAACGAUAAUAAUUGUUCCUAUGAAGA